AUGUCCGGGUUGACCCUGGGGGGAGGAGGCAGUGGUGGUGGUGUGCGACCGACGCAACCCGCGGCCUUUACUUCUCUCCAGGAUUCCGCCGACGCCGACCGCCGCUCCUCCACCACCACCUCCCACAACCCCCUCCACUUCCCUCCGACUUCCUCUCAACUCUCUGACGAUUUCUCCUUUGGCUCCCCAAUCAGCCCUGCUGAUUCCUCGAAUGCCCCCGACAGUCUGCUUAACGACUCUCUGUUUCCGGAAUGGAAGGUCGGUACGCCUCGCCCCGGAUUUGAUGGUCCGGAUGAGAUGCAACGAAAGGAUCCAUUAGCCACCCAGAUAUGGAAGUUGUAUUCCAGGACUAAAGCUCAGUUGCCCAACCAAGAGCGCAUGGAGAACCUGACGUGGCGGAUGAUGGCUAUGAGUUUGAAACGCAAGGAACGGGAACGUGCUCAGCAAUCUCGUAGUGCCUCCGCUCGAAACAGCGUCUCCGGCCCUAGUGGCAUUGCUCAGCUGCGUCUCACUGAUCGCGAGCCGACCGCGGCAAAUCCCUCUCUCUCCACCGACCUGACCUCUGAUCCUAUGAACCUCGACGAUUUCAUUGUUCCCUUCGAGUCUCCGUCCGAUCACCCAUCUCCCCAAGUCACAAAAGGCGAGUCAACGUCGGCAGCCAUCCCGAUCAAGUCCCGCAAGGACCAGGUGGCUGAGUCCACGCCCGUGCCCGCUUCGUUCCCCCACCCACCCCAGGACCAGCGAAGAAACAGCGAGUUCGGCUACGUACCUCGUCGGGUGCGCAAGACGAGCAUCGACGAGCGCCAGUUCUUCAACCUCCAGGUGCCCACCCGGAAACGCCCGGCCGAGGCGUCGCCCCAGGUGCCGCCCGUGUCGAACGCGAUGUUGGCUCAGGAUCCGGACUUGUCGGGCGGUGUGCCUGACUACGCCCUCGAUGCGUCGUCGGCUUUUGCGAUGCCCCAUAACAACAACCAUUCCUCCCACCACAACCACACUUCACCUGGCAUGCCGUUUGGUCUGGAUACCUACGGCCUGAGUGAAGAUCCGAUCCUUACUUCCGCCGGUCCCUACCAGACCCAGUUUACCUUUUCUCCCACCGAGUCCCCCAUGACGUCAGGCAACCCCUUUGCCAACCUGUAUGCGCACACGCCGGUGGCCUCGUCCCUCAACUCGACCGAUUUCUUCUCCCCGCCGCCGUCGGGAUACCAGUCUACCGCGUCGACACCGCAGCCGGCGUAUGACGGUGAGCAUUCGAUGUUCUUCGAUAUGCCCUCGGUGGAUGCGCGCACGCAGCGCCGCGUUCCUAACUAUGUCUCGCACCGCACGUCGAACCUGUCUGCGUCGCUGCAGCCGCGAUAUAUGUUCAACCAGAACCAGGACCAGUCGCACCACACCGGCAAUCAUUCGUCUUCGAUGCACUCGCCGGGCUAUCCCAUUCCCCAGCCCCAGCACGUCGAUCCCACUCAGGUGCUUAACCCCAACGAUUUUUCGACCGGGGCGUCUCAUGCGGCUAUGUUCAGCUUCGGCGCUGAUUCGGACAAUGAAGAUGAUGAUGGUAACCAGUUUUCCGACCGUGCGGGAUUGACGAUGCCUGGUGAUCUGGAUGAUGGUGCGGACAUGAACGGUGGCAUGCAGUGGGAUGCUCAGUUCCCCGGUUCUUUCCACUCGCUGCCCGGCUUCAGCGCGCAGCACCGCAAGCAUGUAACGAUCGGGUCCGCCGACAUGAUGGAUACCCCCAGCGAGUGGACUCAAAGCGGCAGUCUGGGACGCACGCAUGGUUCGGCCGCCUCGGUCAGCGAGGUGCGCAACCGCGAGCAGGACCCCCGGCGGCAGAAGAUUGCGCGGACGACGUCGACUCCUAAUACUGCACAGCUGCUGCGGCAGAGCAUGAACGCCAACACCUCACACACGUCACCCAACACACCGCCAGAGUCGGGCUUGAACAGUGCCGUGCCGUCUCGGCCGGCCAGUCCGGGUGGCUCGAAGAACGGUGAGCAGAGCAGUGGCCCCACCACAUGUACCAACUGCUUCACGCAGACGACCCCGUUGUGGCGGCGUAACCCAGAGGGUCAGCCGCUGUGUAACGCCUGCGGGCUGUUCCUGAAGCUGCACGGGGUGGUGCGGCCACUGUCGCUCAAGACGGACGUCAUCAAGAAGCGCAACCGCAGCAGCGCCAACAGUCUGGCGGUGGGCACAUCGCGCGCGUCGAAGAAGUCGGCCCGCAAGAACUCGGUGCAGCAGACGACAGUCACCACGCCGACGUCGAGCCGGGCGCAGAGUGGUGCGACGUCGUCGGAGUCGCCGCCCGCGGUGCCGGGUGGCAGUACGUCGGGCAGAGCCGCAGGCGUGGUCCCCAUCGCGGCGGCGCCUCCGAAGGCGAACCCGACGACGAGUUCUCCAGGACAGAGUCGGGGAACUUCGUCCGUGCAGAUGGCGCCAAAGCGUCAGCGUCGGCUGGAAAAGGCCACGGACGCGGAGGCGGGCGGCGACGAAGCCAGCAAGUCGAGCACGGCGAGCGGACGGUCCAAGGUGGUGCCUCUAGCGCCGGCGAUGCCCCCGGCGGCAGCCAAUCCGGCCAACCACAGUAUCGCCGGUGGGCAAGGAGCCAGCCAGGAAUGGGAGUGGCUGACUAUGAGUCUGUAA